AAAAAUAAAAAAAUAACAUUUGUAUGUCGUUACCAUAUUUAUGCUAAUUAGCACUCAACGUUCAAAAACUUUUUAAUCAAUCAAAUCAGCAAAAUCCCCUCCACUCCUGGACCAUAGGUCUCCCGCAAGCUACGACACAUAAACUUACAAGGAAAUAUUGCCCAUGAAACAAAAACCUCUCUCUACCCUUAAUUUUCCCAAAAGAAAAACGCUACGAAGUCCCCAGUCAAAGAAACAGAUGAAGCAACGAAAAUCUGUCCCAAGCUGACAGUAAAAAAAAAACCCAACUGUCAACACCUUAAGACAAUAAAUAAUCAUAAAGUUCAUCAAACAGUUGCUGACAAACAAAACUGAUGCAUCUUACCUAUUCUACCUUCCGUUUGCGCAUGCGUACAACAAACCUCUCUGUUUUCAUACGACCGCCAGUCAGUAGAUAGCUUUCGAGGCACCCACUUGCCCCCAACCACGAAAACUUCUCGAAACUUUACAAGUUUCCCUCAAAGUGAUAAAAAGUUGUGUUUUGUUCCGGUGAUCAGUGAAUAUUCUGUUGUUUUGUAACUAUGUGUUACGUAUUGACGAAAGUGAUUACAGUGAGUGAUUUAGUGAAAAUAUGAUUUCGAUGAAGUUUAAACUUUUUGUGUUUGUUUAGGAUUGAAUUUUGGAAAUACUCAAAAUGGAGGAACUAAAUACGUACCUAAACUCAUCGUUACUUCGGAUGAGAGAAACGUCGACGAUAUCGACGUUUGUUGCAGUCCGUAACACUAGCGUUGCAGGCAAGGUUGCGAGCAACGCGUACGAAUGGCGGUUCAUCCUGCCACCGUAUUUCCUGAUAUUCAUGCUGUCUGUGUCGGGGAACUGCCUCGUUAUCGCAACUCUGGCUAGCAACAGGAGAAUGAGAACAAUAACAAAUGUUUAUCUGUUGAAUCUGGCUAUCUCGGAUUUCCUCCUUGGCGUUUUCUGCUUACCUUUCACGUUAGUUGGGCAGAUCUACAGGAGGUUUCUAUUUGGUGCAUUACUCUGCAAGUUAAUCCCAUUUCUACAAGCGGUCUCCGUCUCAGUGGACGUUUGGACGCUAGUAGCCAUUUCUCUGGAACGAUACUUCGCGAUCUGCCGACCUCUCAAGUCCAGGAAGUGGCAGACGCAGUGCCACGCCUACAAAAUGAUAGCCAUGGUCUGGAUCCUCUCCAUCAUAUUCAACUCACCAAUACUGAUCGUGUCUACUCUACAACCAAUGAGAGGAAACGCUUUCAAGUGCCGAGAAGUAUGGACGAGUCUAGAGUUGGAGAGAGCAUUCAACUUGGGUCUGGACGGCGGGCUGCUGCUGGUGCCUUUCUUCAUCAUGUCCUUCGCGUACUGCUUGAUCGUGACCAAGCUCUGGAGAGGGAUGAGGCACGAGAUACAACAUAACUUCAAGUGGCAACGACAUUUAUCCAGACAAAACAGUUUCAAGAGCAAUCAGCUGAUACCCACAACGCCGAUGAUCAAAAGCAACUCAGCUGACAUUUGCUGCAAGAAGUGGUACCCCAAGAAACCACAAAAAGAUGAGUCUGAGCAGCGAUUGGACGCAGACAACAAAAGCGCUCAGUCGUAUUGCAUGCACACCGUGGAUUUGGAGUUCAGACACGUUGUCAGGUCCACACACAUCGAUAAGAGCAUAGAAGCUAAACGAAAAGUAAUACGAAUGCUGUUUGUCAUCAUAUUGGAGUUCUUCGUGUGCUGGACACCUCUCCACGUGAUAAAUACGAUCUACCUGUUCUACCCCGAUGAGCUGUACCAGUACAUCGGGCCCAAGGGUGUGGUCUCUCUGCAACUCCUGGCUUACUGCUCGUCGUGCUGCAACCCCAUCACCUACUGCUUCAUGAACAGGAAGUUUCGACAGGCCUUCAUCAGCUUGUUUAAAAGUUGCAGACUCUUCAGGAUGUGUUUUCCCGAGAAAUUGGAAUGCAAGCAGGCAACUCCUCCACCAGUGAGCUCCAGCCAGGAUGCCACCGCUUGCGUCAUUCGGGGCAGCCACACUGGACGCACAGAGCUGGAUGGACUGGAAGGGGAGGAUUGUGUUUAGCAGCGGUUCACAAAGCACUGCAUUGGGAAGCAGCUCGCACCCCGCGCUGCCCGCGCCCGUGGUCGCGCGACCCUUCACACAGGUAUAGCAACUAUUCAUUGUAGUCACCAUGCAAGACGUAAUACAUUCAACUAAAGUUGGUGAGAAGAGGGAAUACAGUAGGUAGGUACAAAGAUGUUCCGGUGCAUGUUGAAAUACCAUGCAUACGAGGAAGUUGCACGGUGGCGGUUCAUUCUUAGUCGGUAAGAGACUGACACUACCCUCUUCCUCCCCCGAGGAGGUGGGUGUCCAAGAGGAUUUCCCCGCGUAACUAAACAAAAAGAUACAAAGAUGUUCAGUAAGAGUCGCGAGCCAUCCGGUUGCUUUAGUUCAGGCCCGGUCUGGCUGAAGGGGCUUGAGGUUUUUUUAGUCAGCGAGGGUCCGACAUAUCCCAAAGCCGUGGCCUCGGCGUGGAUUAAUAUCAUUAGCUUUACCACGCCGGCGAAAAACAAAGUAAGGUACAAAGAUGCUUAUUUCUUAUGAAAGUUCUGGCGGUGGCCUUGCGACAGGAAAUAUAAGGUGAUUAACUGGUAAAAGUGAUAGCUCUUCACAUUCCUCUUCGCUCCAUUAUAUGGUGGGUCGUGUAUAUUUCUAUUAAUCAUCAACUGAUUUAAUAUAUGAGUACCACUUCAACGCCUACCAUGGUGGUCUUCUUUCCAUAUCAACCUGGUGUCAGUGUAUAAGCCUUUAAAGUGUCUCACUAC